AUGUUAGCCAAAGCAGCGUUCCCCGCACUCUUCUUCACCUUGGCAGGAUUCAUCCUCCUGCUUCUGGUCACACUGUCCGUCCCAAUAAUCAAAUCCAUCUAUCUCCUGCAAGUAAGGUUCGAUCGAAGUGGAACAACCGGAAGUACCUCGUUGGGUGCAAACGCUGGUGUUUUCGGAUUAUGCUAUCAGGGUGGUCAAGCGACAGCGGUCAUCAAAGGUUUAGCAGGAUCGUUGAUUCUCAAUGCGAUUGCCGCUGGAUUUGCGGGGUUGAGUUUGGUCUGGUCAGUUUUUGCUUGGUUGUGCGCCAGUAGGGGCUGGGAAAUUUUCACUUUCAUCUCCCUAUUCUUUUCCGUCCUCACAGCCUGGCUCGCUUGGGCCUUAGAUCUCACUUUGGCUCUGGUCGCGAGACACCGAAUUGAGGAUGCUUCGGAUGAUGUUUUGGACGCCAGGAUUGGGAAUGGUGUUUGGUUGGCCUUGGGUGGUGCGGUCGCUGUCACAAUAGCUCUUUGUCUCGCCGGUUGUGGGAUGUUCGGAAGAUAUCGAUCGGACAGAGUUGUUCAACAGAAACCCGUUGGAUAUAGAAGGCGAUACUUCUGGCAACGUAAUCAUGCAGGAAGAGGAACUUACUAA